AUGGAUCCUUCGCAAGUACCUAAUCUCUAUAAGCAACAGCGUGGUCCGCCUAAAAUUAAGAAUAAGAAUCCGGCUCCAAUUCAAAUCACAGCAGAACAGAUUCUGCGUGAGGCCAAGGAGCGUCAGGAAGCUGCCAAGAAAGCUCCAAGACAAAAGAUUUCUGACUUGGAAGAGCUUUCAGAGUACAGAGGUCGUAAACGGAAAGAGUAUGAAGAUGCGAUCAGACGUAACCGCUUGAAUAUUGGUAGCUGGUUAAAAUAUGCCGCUUGGGAAGAAAGUCAGAAGGAGCUUGAUCGUGCUCGCUCAAUAUACGAAAGAGCAUUGGAUGUGGAUUCGCGCAAUGUCACGCUGUACAUAAAGUACACUGAGAUGGAAAUGAAGAAUAGGAACAUUAAUCAUGCCAGAAACUUGUUCGAUCGGGCCGUUACUCUUUUGCCACGGGUUGAUCAGUUCUGGUAUAAAUAUGCUUAUAUGGAAGAAGUACUGGGUAAUAUAGCGGGCGCCCGACAGAUAUUCGAAAGAUGGAUGCGAUGGGAACCAGACGAGAGUGCAUGGAAUGCUUACAUCAAAUUUGAAAAGAGAUACAAAGAAUAUGAUAGAUGUCGCCUCAUAUACGAGCGAUUUGUUAAUACGCAUCCGCAACCAAAGAAUUGGCUCAAAUGGGUUAAAUUCGAGGAAGAACAGAAUAAUCUGGAAAAGUGUCGAGAGAUUUUUGCUCAGGCAAUAGAAAUAUUGGGCGACGAUCAUAUGGAUCAGAAGAUAUUUAUAGCAUUUGCCAAGUUUGAGACGAGGUUAAAAGAGUUUGAAAGGGCGCGUGUUAUAUACAAGUUUGCAUUAGACAGACUUCCUCGUUCCACGUCGGAAUCUUUAUACAAUUCUUAUACCCAAUUUGAAAAACAAUACGGAGAUAAAGAGGGCAUCGAGGAUGUAGUGGUAGGAAAGCGUCGAGUACAAUACGAAGAAGAGCUAAAAUCCAACCCCAAGAAUUAUGACGUGUGGUUUGAUUAUGCUCGACUCGAAGAAAGUGCAAAUGAUGUAAACAAGGUGCGUGAAGUAUAUGAACGGGCUAUCGCACAAGUACCGCCUACGCAGGAAAAGCGAUUCUGGAGGAGAUAUAUAUACUUGUGGAUCAACUACGCUUUAUACGAGGAACUAGAAACAAAGGAUUUUGAGCGAACUAGACAAAUUUAUUUAGAAUGCUUAAAGUUGAUACCACACAAAAAAUUUACAUUUGCCAAGAUAUGGUUAUUAUACGCUCAGUUUGAAAUACGUAGACUUAAUUUACAAACAGCGCGGAAAACACUGGGAAGAGCAAUAGGCAUGUGUCCUAAAGACCGAUUAUUCAAGGGAUAUAUAGAAUUUGAAUUACAGCUUCGCGAAUUCGAUCGAUGUCGAACAUUAUAUACUAAAUACCUGGAACAUGCUCCGGCCAAUUGUUAUGCAUGGAUCAAAUUCGCCGAAUUAGAACGGAUGUUGGGUGACUAUGACAGAUGCCGAGCCAUAUUUGAAUUAGCAAUAGAGCAGCCAGUAUUAGACAUGCCAGAGUUAUUGUGGAAGGCAUACAUUGACUUUGAGUUUUCGGAAGAAGAAUUCGAAAAGACUCGACAGCUUUAUGAAAGACUAUUAGAGAAGACAAAUCACGUUAAAGUAUGGGUCAGUUAUGCUCGUUUUGAAGCUGGUGCUGAAGAUGCAUAUGGACAGUCUGCAGUAGAAAGGUCCAGGAAAAUAUUUGAAAGAGCCUAUGACAACAUGAAGGAACGAGAACUUAAAGAGGAGCGAGUGCUUUUGCUAGAGUCAUGGAAAGAGUUUGAGAAGGAGUAUGGCACGACUGAAUCGUUAUCGGCUGUAGAGGCAAAAAUGCCAAAGGUUGUCAGACAGAGACGUCGGUUGGACGAAACCCAAGGACAGGCUGGUGUUUCGUGGGAGGAAUACUUUGAUUACAUAUUCCCCGAUGAUCAAGCGCAACAGCCUAAUUUCAAGUUGUUGGCUAUGGCACAUGCAUGGAGACAGCAGCAAUUGCAGCAACAGCAGGAGAAUCAAGACAAGCAAGAGGAAGAACAGCAGCAGGAACAACAGGAGUAA